AUGUCGUCCUCGAAUGCCUCCCGCAAGGCAAAUGCCCUGAUUGCGAUCAAUGCGAACAACGAGACCACCAGGAAGAUGAAACCCCCCGUCACAGGGAAAAAGGUCACCAUCCGCCGCCUCCCGCCGGCGUUGACCUCCGACGAGUUCUGGACCAUCCUGGGAGACGAAUGGAGGGAAGGGAACGGCAAAGUCGAUUGGGUGUCAUACGAACCCGGCAAGGUGUCUACCAAACCCUCGCGUCCGUCACAGCCAGCAAGAUGUUACCUCCGUGUAAUGAAAAUCGAGGACAUACCGAGCUUGUCCGAUGCUAUCCAAAGAGCAACUUGGGAGGAUGCCAAGCGGUCCUUCACCGAUCCUGCUCUCGUCGGUCCUCCCGUCAUCGAAAAUUCCAUCUACCAGAAAGUCCCCACGGGCAAGCGCCGAACGGACCCUAGACAAGGUACAAUCGAUCAAGAUCCCGACUUCAUGGCCUACCUCGACUCCCUCACCCAUCCGCCAUCGUCCUCGAAGGAUCCCGAAGCCGACCAGUCAGGCGUUGACGAGCCAACUAAGGAGAAUGCUAAGGUCACUUCCACUCCGCUGGUCGAGUACAUUAAAGAGCGAAAGGCAGCCAAGGCCAAGGAAGCUGCUAGUGCUAAAAGCGCCAAGCAAUCCCGUCAAGAGUCUCAGGGCGUCAAGAUCAAGACCAGUGAGGAGCCCAAGAAGAGAGGCAAAGAUUCCAAGUCGGAAAAGGUUGAUAAGACGGCCGAAAAAGAGAAAGAGAAGGAGAAGGAGAAGCCCAAGGAACCUGUCAAGCUCUUGACCAAGAAGGCCGCUGCUCAGGAGGCAGCAGAAGCGGCCAAAGCUAUUGCGGGCCAGAUUGCUACGGGCAAGGCGGCCGAAGAAGCUGUGUCAAGCGCUGUACCAAAGAGCCGCCGUGCGGGCAUUGCUGCCGCUGCGAAGAUUUUGCAACGGGACCUGGGUCUGUCUCCCGGUAGUGCCCAUAGACGAGCACGCCAGGACGCAGCAAAGGCAGAGAAAGCAGAGGUGGUACCGAGCAAGGCAGAGGCUAGUGCGCCAUCCGAGAAAGCGACCAAGGAGACCAAGGAGACCAAGGACGCAGAAACUCCCAAGACUGCACCAACAGGUCCGAAGGCGCAGCCUGCCGAAAGUUCUCGCAGAUCGCGCGGUAAGAAAGCGACGGCCGCACCAGCCACCGAUUCUACCAAAAGCAGAGAGAACGAUCCUCCUGCCAAACCGACCACAGGGCCUAUCAUUUUGCUAAAAAAGGAAGCCAGUAAGACUGCGGAAACUAAGUCGAACGGAGCUGCUUCAACAGCCACCGUACCGGUCGCAUCUUCAACAUCUACAUCUACGCCCAUGCCCACGCCGCCCACGGGGCCGAAGGCUGCUGCUAAGGUUCAGCCAGCUUCAGCGAAAGCAGGCGGGCAAACUCAAGCCAAGAAGUCAGCUGCUCAACCCUCGCAAGGGGCGACUCGUGCUUUCGUGAAGCAUGCCAACCCAUCACAAGGCGUCACUGAGCCUCUUCUCAAGCAAGCCAUGGAGAUCUUCGGAACCGUCACCUUUGUUGAGAUCGACAAACGCAAGGGUUUCGCUUACAUGGACUUUGGCGACUACCAGGGCCUGUGCAAAGCCAUUGCUGCUUCGCCGGUCUCUGUAGGGCAAGGCACCGUACAGGUUCUUGAGCGGAAGGAAAAAAAGCCUACGACUCCCGCGACUUCCGUUCCAGCGAUUUCCGCAGCUGCAGUUAAUGAUACUCAUACGUCGGCUUCCACCCCUACUCCUACUCCAUCUGACAGGCCGAGGCGAGGCGGGCGUGGCCGAGGCCGCAGAGGUGGCAACGCCGCCGCAAGUGAAGCCAACGAGGGUGGAUCGACCCCAGCAUCAGGUGCUGGAUAA